AUGGCAUCCUCAUCGUCCGCAAGCACGCCGCUCCUCUACUCCUGCAUCGCCUACAACUCCACUAUCCUGACCGAGCACACCGCAUCCGCCUCGUCGCAAACGAGCUCACUGGCCUCGCUCAUUCUGCCCAAGAUCAGCCACCAGUCGCCGCAGAAGCUGACGUACACGCACGGCGCCCACUUCAUCCACUACAUCUCGGCCGCGCCCUCCGAGCACCCCGGUGCCCCUUCCGCGGGCGGCCUCUCCUACCUCGUCAUCGCCAAGUCCGAGCUCGGCCGUCGCGUCCCCUUCGGCUUCCUCGUCGAGAUCAAGAAGCAGUUCCUCGCCCAGUAUGAGCCGCGCGCUACCGACUUCGGCAGCCUGCCCCCUUACGGCUGCGCUGCCUUUAAUGCCACCCUCAAGAGACUCAUGGUCGAGCUUGGUGCCAGCGAGGCGGGCCAGAACGACGCUAUUCGCACCGCGCAGAACGAGAUUGCCGGCGUGCGCGAGAUCAUGACGGAGAACAUUGAGCGCGUUUUGGAGCGUGGUGAGAGAAUCGACUUGCUGGUGGACAAGACGGACAGGCUGGGUGGGAAUGCGCGCGAUUUCAGGGUCAGAAGUCGCGGGCUGAGGAGGCGUAUGUGGUGGAAGAAUGUCAAGCUGAUGGCUCUGUUGAUUGUGGUGGUCAUCUUCUUGCUCUACCUGUUUGUUGGCUUUGGUUGCGGCCUUCCGGGCUGGUCCAGAUGCCUGGGCCAUUAA